AUGUUUUCCAAUAUUAUUUCAACAUUGGCACUUUUGCAAUUGUUGAAUGCUGCUCCAAUUUUAUUAACAAGAUAUCAUGUUGCUGCUCCAACAACAGAAAUAAAAACCGUUACAACUGGAACAACCACUGUCUGGUUACCACCGGUUGGUAUAUAUAUUAGUGAUGGACAAACCUCCACCAGUACUAUCACAGACGCUCAAUGGAAUACAUAUCCUGUUACUUUCACUUCUAUAAUAAAUAAAGAUCAAGCUGCUCCAACACAACAAACCACUGAAGCUCAACAACAACAACCUACCACUACUACUACCAGUUCGACCAGUCCGGCUCAGCCAACUACUACUGAAACCCAACAACAACAACAACAACAACAACAACCAACAACCACCGAACAAGCUCAGCCUACUACAACCGAACAACAACCGCAACAACCAACAACUACCGAACAACAACAACAACAACAACCUACUACAACCGAACAAGCUCAACCAACCACUACAUCAACUGAACAAGCUCCACAGUCAACUGAACAAGGUCAACAACAAGGACAACCUACCACAACUGAACAAACUUCUCAAACAACUGAACAAGGUCAACAAACUACUGAACAAAACGAUACUACCACACAAUCACCUUCCACUACAACUAUAGACUACACUUCCAGCACAUCCUCAACCUCAACCUCUAGUCCAAGUCCAAGCUCAAGUACAGGUUCUAGUGGAGAUAUUCCGGCCCCAACUGCUAUUGUGUACUCACCAUAUGCUAAUGACAGAAGCUGUAAAUCAGCAGACACUAUUAGAUCUGAUAUUCAGUUAAUUAAUAGCAAAGGUAUCAAACAAAUUAGAUCUUAUGGUACUGAUUGUGGAUCAUUAACCACUGUUCUUGAAACUUGUCGUGAAUUGGGUAUUACUGUUAAUCAAGGGGUUUGGAUAUCUGCUGCUGGUGUUGAUUCUAUUGAUGACCAAGUUUCUGAUGUUAUUAAGUAUGGACAAUCCAAUGGUUGGGAUGUUUUCAAUUUACUCACUAUUGGUAAUGAAGCUAUUAUUGCUGGAUACGUUUCACCUUCUGAAUUGGUCAGCAAAAUAAAAUCGGUCAAGUCACAAUUACAAAGUGCUGGUUAUAACGGUAAAGUCACCACUUCUGAACCACCUGCCACUUAUCUUAAAUAUCCUAGUUUCUGUACUGAUGCUGACAUUGAUGUUGUCGGUAUCAACCCACAUUCUUAUUUCAACGCCAAUAUUGAACCAAAAGAUGCUGGUUCAUACAUUGUCCAUCAACAACAACAAGUUGCUGAAAUUUGUGGUGGUAAAUCAGUUCUUAUAACUGAAACUGGUUAUCCUUCAAAAGGUUCUACUUUGGGAGUAAAUGUGCCUUCUCCAGAAAAUCAAGAAAUUGCUAUUUCUUCUAUAAUAAAAGAAACUGGUGGUGAUUGUACUAUUUUAACUACUUAUAACGAUUUCUGGAAAGAUCCAGGUCCAUACGGUAUUGAACAAUAUUUUGGGGUCAUUCAAUUAUUUCAAUAG